CUCACAAUAGCUCAAUAUUGCAUUUAUGGAACGGCCUUAGAAAAAUGGCAUCUUUUCCACGAUUUCUUUGCUACAUACUAUGUACGUUUUCAGUAGGCCUAGUUUUUGGGAUGCUUACAGUUUACGUGAUUGAUGAUGUAGCUGAUGAUCAACUUCUUUCUUCGAAUUUCAGUCCAUUGAGAGCCAACCUUUUCGUCCAAAAUGGAAGUGCGUACAGACGUCUUUGGCAAUUUGAUUUCGUCAUAUCUCACUACAAGGAGAAACUUGAUUGGCUGAAACCCGUUGCUAAGUAUUGUCACGUGUACGACAAAGGUCACGAAAGAAGCUUAAAACCAUCAUUUCCGGUCAAGCAUUGGGAGGAGCUACCUAACGUUGGACGAGAGAGCCAUACCUAUCUCUACCACAUCAUCAAGAAUUAUGAAAACCUCGCAAAUGUAACAAUAUUCCUCCAAGGCGAUUUAGAAGAGCACGCUCCAAAUUUUUGCUUUCCAACUCCGAUGGAGUAUCUGGACAAAGCGUUGGACGGAAUUCCUUGCAUCCAGCAUAAGCUACAAAUAGACUGGGGACGCAUCCAACAUCUUGACAAGUGGAAACUGGAAUACGAUCUUGGGCUCAUGCGGCAUGCUAAACAUGCCACGCUUGGAGAAUUUUAUCGAGCAGUGUUCGGAAGGGCGCCGCCACAGUUUGCGGAUUGUUGCCUCUCGGGCUGUUUCUCGGCAACCAGGCGAUGUCUCCAAAAGCACCCGAAGAAGUUUUAUCAAAAAUUGAUUACAUUUUUGACCGAUCACUCGAACCCGGAGGAAGGUCACUAUUUGGAAAGAUUGUGGCGUAUUAUUGUCAAGUGUUAAAGGAAUUCUGUUUUUUGUUUUUUGUUUUGCUAAUAAAACUGUACCUGCCAGCGUAAGCAAUAAUCCACAUACUGACAAACCUGUGGAAGUUUGAGAUUGAUAGGCCAUCUGCUGGGUCACGAGAAAA